CAAACUGCUUUUUAAAUGGUAGAAAGUGUGGUGUGCCCUGUGUCAGUUGAUGUAACUCAAACUGAUGAAUGUGAACAAGAGCUCAUAACAGUAUCUCCAAAUAGUUGUGAUAAGGCUUAUCAAUCAUUCAAUGGUUAUCUUCACUACUUUAACGGACAAUUAUCUGACACAGGGCGAAAAGGUGUCAAAGGAGCACAGCCAGGUCCUGUUUUGUCAUGGGCGCAACGAGUUAAGAUUGCUGUAGGGGCAGCAAAAGGACUCGAAUACCUACAUGAGAAAGCACAACCUCACAUUAUUCAUCGAGAUAUCAAGUCCAGCAAUGUUCUACUCUUUGAUGAUGAUGUUGCAAAGAUAGCUGACUUUGACCUAUCAAAUCAGGCUCCUGACAUGGCAGCUCGACUCCACUCUACUCGAGUUCUUGGUACCUUUGGUUAUCAUGCACCAGAAUAUGCGAUGACUGGACAGCUUAGCUCGAAAAGUGAUGUGUACAGCUUUGGUGUUGUUCUUUUGGAGCUCUUGACUGGCCGCAAACCUGUAGAUCAUACGUUACCACGUGGUCAGCAAAGCCUUGUGACAUGGGCAACACCGAGGCUUAGUGAAGACAAGGUAAAGCAAUGCGUUGACGCAAGACUAAAUGGAGCAUAUCCUCCGAAAGCAGUUGCAAAGUUGGCUGCGGUGGCUGCCUUGUGUGUGCAGUAUGAAGCUGAUUUCCGACCAAACAUGAGCAUUGUUGUCAAAGCUCUUCAGCCUUUGCUGAAUACUCGAUCUGGCCAUCCUGGUGAGGCACCGUGAUUGUGAAUUCCUACUUCUCCUUCUCGUUCUGUCUUGUUGGGUAAAUGCAUCAUUAAGGUUGUUGGCUGACUGAUGUGUGUAGAGGAUACCAUUUUUCUUGAAGGAUUAAUGAUUCCAGAACCGAUGGUAUGAGGAUUUUUCUUUUUUCUUUUUUCUUUUUUUGUAAUGAAUGAUGUUUAUUUUUUGUCUGUUAAGUGCAUAUGAUCAAGUUUGAAAAUUUCUCCAA